CGAACAUUGUAUCAGAACUUCUUUUUUCGCCGAACCGGGAUAUUGCAUUAAAUUCUCUUUUUUUUGUAAUUUUGCGGAAUAGAGUCUUAGUGAACGAAAAAAAAAUUAAUAAUAAAAACAAACAAACAAAAUAAAAAAAGAACAAAAUUUUGGCAUCAUUUACUCUUGCCUGUAAAAUUUAACAAAACGAAAAAAAAGGAUUUCGAUCUGCGUGCGUGCUUAACCAAAACAAAAAGCCACCAAAUAAAAUUGUGUAGAAAAUAUUGUCAUUUAAAAAACAAAAAAAAUUAAUUUGCCUUUUUUCGGUUUAAUUAAAAGUGAUAUUCAAUAUGUGCUCAAGCUUCAUACUUGCCACCACGCUUUUAUGCGCGCUGCAUCUGACGAACGUUGUUGAAUCACUUCCGGUUGACGAGACCCUAUUGCGAAAACUUGGUUUCAUAGAUCUAACCCAGUAUGGUCGGACGAUAUUCGGUGAACCAGACAACUCUACCGGCGAAAGAAUUGCGAAAUACAAUCCAGAGGUAGACGCAGGCAAUCCCGAAGAAUUGGGAUCGUAUUUGGAAGGUGACAUUUUGAUGCCAUUGGGACAAGCCCGUAAUGGUUUGUCGGCAACGUCAGCACGUUGGCCGGGCGGAGUUGUUCCAUACGAAAUUCGCGGUAGUUUUGAUGCGUACCAAAUGAGCUUGAUUGAAAAAGCGUUCAAUGAAUACCAUGCAAGGACCUGCAUUCGUUUCACACCCCGAUCGAAUCAACAAGACUACAUCUCAAUUGUGAAUGGAAACACUGGAUGCUGGUCAAGUGUGGGAAGAAUCGGCGGCAGACAGGAAGUGAAUUUCCAAACUCCCGGAUGUAUGGUAAAAGUUGGUACGGUCGUACACGAAUUGAUGCACGCCUUGGGCUUUCUGCAUGAACAAAAUCGAAGCGAACGAGAUGGUUAUGUGUACGUCAAUUGGAACAAUAUUAAGUCAGGUACCGAAAACAAUUUCGAAAAGGCCAGCUCUGCAACAACAGACGCAUUCGGUGUUGGCUACGACUAUGGCAGUGUUAUGCAUUAUUCAGCAAAUGCUUUCUCCAAAAAUGGACAACCCACUCUCGUUGCAAAGAAUCCAAGUGCUGUAAUAGGCCAACGAGUUGGACUUAGUGAUUCGGAUGUUAGAAAGCUGAAAGGAAUGUAUCAAUGUCAUUAACUUGCACCAGGUUAAACAACAAGGCAUGAGUUGGCAUGAAGAAUUACUAAUAAACAUUACAUAUAUCCCCUUCGGGCAAUGUCUUCCUUCACAAUUUGUUGCGUGCACAAUUUUCAUUUUUUUUUAAAGUCACAUAUCACUAAGCAUAGCAAUAAAUCACACCCACAAUCUACACUGAAAAUCCAAAAUUUAUUUCUUCUAUAAUCAUGUUAAGAACGGUGCCAGUGCGAAUAUGGGCCAAAGAGAAGGAUUGUCUAGCAAAGACGUUCAGAAAUUGAGUUCGAUGUACAAGUGCAAGACAACUGGUGCAUCGGGGGUAUCGGCGACGAGUACAAAUCGUCCGACACGUCCCGUUGGUGCAAACCGACCGGUAUUAAAUUUUCUAGGCAAUUUGGUGAGCGGUUUUUUCCAGGAGGAAAACGGCAAUAACGGACUCGCAUCGAAUAGCACCACUGAAAUUACAAAUUCUAUUGAAUGAGCAACAUUUCAAACAAAACAUUUUCCACUCUAAUUCACGAAAAAAAAUAUAUCGAACCGAUCUACCUCGUUUUCAAUAACUUGAUCUCAUGGAUAUAUGUUUAAAAAUGUUUUUUUUUCUUGUGUAGAUUUUAGUGCACCCAAUGAAUCCAAAAUUGUUCAUUUUAAUUAUAAUUUUAUUUAAACUAAUCUAAACUAUUUAUUGAAAUAAAUGCAUGCAUAACGAA